CACCUUCUAAUGAAUGCUUCUUGAUUCCUAAUAUUAUUCUUUAUCAACUUAAAACGAAAAACUACAGAUUAGUUUUACAAUUCUACGAUAAUUAUUACAAAGAAAACGAAUAACUUAAAUAAAGAUGGAUAAUCUAAAGCACAUAGUAAAGGCCUAUGAAAUAUGGGUGGCGAAGAAUCCAGACACAGUGUGUGAUGUGGAAACCACUGCAAAAUGGUUGUCGUAUUUUAUAGCAGGACGUAUUUCCGAUUCAACCGUAGUAACCGAACUAAUAUAUUCCCUGUCGAACCUACUGGUUUUAUAUAAUGACCGCAUCAUAGCCAAAGACCGUAAAGAAAAGGGCGAAAAGGUGCCGGGUGAAAUUGAGCCGGCUGCGAGUGGUUUUUGUUACCGUCUAAAGGUCAUGUUGACCACUCUCGAAUACUGUGAAGUUUUUAUAGAAAUAUCAGCCAAAAGAGUUUUCGGCAACAAGGGUAAAUGGGUGUUUAUAGCGGGCUUGCAAGUUCUCAAAGCAGCUGGGCGAUUUUUUAUAUUGAAACAUUCCACUGAACAAAUCAUCACUUCACCUGCUAUGCCAGCCCUAAAUAGAAGAGCUCUGAAAAAUGAUAAUAAAAACAGCAGACUAAGAAGUGGUUGUCAGCAAACUGACAAUAAAAACUCAUUAGAAGAGCAUAAUUUUACUUUUAAACUGAAAAGGUCAGGUCGUGUUGUAAGAAAAGUGGAAGGAGCACCACCCUUACAUUACCGUUCAUUCAAACUUAAUGAAGAGCUAGAAACCAUGCAAAAAUCUCAAGUGCCCAAGAUUCUAUUGCAGGCUGAAUAUUUAUACAUUGCUAAGCCAUUGAUACAUUUGGCCUCCAUGGGCAUGUUUGGAGAAAAAUCAUGGAAACAGUUUGUGGUUUCAUUGGCGGUCGAUAUUUCUAGUAUUAAUAUGUAUCGUAGAAAUCGCCAUCUAAUGUCUAAGCAACAACAGCUUAUCUUAUCACAUCGUUGUAUUAAUCUGUUACUAUACCUAAUGAGAACUCCCUUCUAUGAGAAGUUCACUCAGUCACGACUAGAACGCAUAUUGGGUUUUAUAGCCAAUCACGUACCCAUUGCCAAAAUGGUGGCUGGUCCCUUGCGCGAAUACAUUCCCCACUGGCAGUCGACAUACUUCUAUUUGUGGUCUACCUAAAUUUUCUAAUCAAUAUAAGUAUAUAAUACUAUGUAUGUAUUAAGUUAAAAGGUUUUUGAUCAUAAUUGAAAUGUAUUUAAUUAUGAAUAAGUAGAAAACUGUUUUAUUAUUAAACAAUUUUUGGUAAUGGGCUUUAUUUUCUUGGCCAUGAAUUUUUGUAGGCAUGCUUUUAGUUUCACUAAGUUUUUCAAGAUUAUAAGUAAACAAAUUAAAAUAAAUUAUUUAAUAUUUUUUUAUACACUAUUAGACAUAAUUAAAACAAAGUAUUUGCAAUAUGAGUUUAGUUUAAAAAGUUUUAAAACAAAAUUAUGUUUUCAAAAUUAAUUUCGGAUAUUUUUAUUGAUGUAAAAAUAUUUUUGCAAAAUGAAGCAAAUAAGUUGAAGAGGUUUUCAAAUAAACAUAAAUUAAAUAAAA